AUGAGCGGCGCUUUGAGAGUCAUCGACGAGACACCGAACGAAGACAACUUCACCAGUCUCGAGGCCCACCAACAAGAGACACCAGGCAGCUUCUAUGACGGCAAGCCCGUCUUGCACCACCGCGUGCAGAAUGCUACUUUGAAGGUGUCGGAACAUGAAUUGAACUCCAACGCUGCUUUGCAGGCACUGCGCACCUCUGCCGGUCCUGGUGCUGCUCCCCAUGCCUCUCCGCUUCAGCAGGCCGAUGGCGACGCCCAGGAGCCUAGAGUCGAGGUCACCAUUCCGCGCAUCUCGAUUUGGGUGACAUCAGACUCAAGUGCUGGUCAUGGUAUUGAGAUCCCAUACCGGACCAUUUCUUUGCACGCUCGUCAGCAAAACGCCCUCUACCUGCAACUAUGCCUGAGCGACAUUGCGCAAACCGCCGACGACGACCUCGAGACUGUUGAGCUUCUGUUGACCCCCGAGCCUCAGGGUAAUAGCAAUCCGAUUGAUGCCGCCGAGAAACUCUUUACCGCCGUCUCUAAUUGCGCCGACCUGCACCCUGACCCGGAUGAGGACGACGAUCAAGAACAAGAGCAGGAACCUGAGCCAGGAACUGGUGGCUGGAUCACUUCUGAAAACAUCCAAGACUUCAUGGACGAGAAUGGCGAGUUUCGCAUGCCCGAGGGCGGAAGCCUGGGUGGCGGUGCUGGUACAGUCAGAACUGCCGAUCAGUUCGAGGAUGCCGACGCUGGCGAUGAGGUCAACGGAGAAGACGCUACAGAUGCGACAAAGUGGCGUAGAACAAGCUGA